AUGGCACCUAUGAAAAAGCCUGUAGUGAAGAGGUUAAAAAAAAAAAAAAAAGCUCUGAAGCCGAUCCUUGACUGCAUCCACCCUGCAGAAGAUGGAAUCCUGCAGGCGAUCCGUUUUGAGCAGUUUCGUCAAGAAAGAAUCGAGGUGAAUGGUCAUCAGGGUGGAGGGACUAUGACCAUUGAAAGAAGCAAGAGCAAGAUUACUGCAACCUCUGAGGUGCCUUUUUCCAAAAGGAACUUGAAAUAUCUCACCAAAAAAUAUCUGAAGAAGAAUCUAUGAGAUUAGCUGUGUGUGGUCACCAACAGCAAAGAAAGUGACGAAUUAUGUUAUUUCCUGAUUCACCAGGAUGAAGAAAAGGAAGAAGAUAAGGAUUAA